AUGACUUACACCAAUGUCUCCGAUAUAACUCCAUCAAAUCAACUACGCCGUAUUCGAGUGAAAAUACUGCGUAUUUUCGAGCACAUCGGUGAACCUGAUAACACUUUAGAUUUGGUGUUGGCUGAUAAAAAGGGUGAUAAAAUACAUGGAUCAAUAUCAAAAGGGUUUAUAGACAGUUUUACAUCAGAAGUGAAGCAAGGAGAUUCAAUUAUUCUGUACCGUUUUGGUGUAGUCCCUGUCAUCAGAGACUUGAGGCCGACGUUGCACAAUUAUAAAAUAAUAUGGAAUUCUCAAAAUUAUUUUUCAAAGAUCCCUUUCUAUGAUAACAACAACUACCUAAGUAUUGUUGAAUUUGGUAACAUACACAACAAUCUUCGAGACCCAUUGUUUUUCGUUGGUAUAAUUGGACACGUCGCAGUGAUUGGAACAUUUAGUCACAAAUCCUCCAAGAGCCAAAGAAAGUGGGGUAAUGUUUACGUGGAGCUCCGUAACGAAUCGAACCAGAGUGAGGUGAUUGAUUGUGAGAGUGAAUGUUGGAGUGAUGAUAGUGAGAUUGAGAAGUUGUCAAUGUCAAUGAGUAGUGGUUCUUGCAAAAUAUGGAAUUUUGUUUCUGAUGAUUCGUUGAUGCGAGAUAAGCUCGGUUACAUUGGGUUUCAGUACUUUGAGUCAGUUAAACCGCACUUACGGGCACCUCUUACCGCCAAGGUAAAUGAAUUGGCUGAGAAGUAUCCGGGACUUAUAACUCUAAGGAGUGUUGAUUUGUCUCCGCCGUCACUCCCAGGUAAAGACACAAGCUGUGAAUCGGUGGUGACGAGUGGUCAGCACCAAGUAGCAUUACAGAAUCCUCCAAGAGACAGAGAGUUUGAGAGACGCAGACAAAGUGUUUUAGAGAUUGAGAAAGAGAGUUCAAACUUUGAGAUCUUGAUCAUCGUGAAUCAUGGACGACCUGCUAAGACAAUUAUUCAACAUGAUUUGCCGUAUGCUUAUGUUGAGUACGAAAGAGUCAGAGAAGUUUGGAGAUAUUUGAAUGCUGAUGUUAAGUUCAUAAGUCGCAACACAGCCGCAAAAGAUGUGUAUCGGUUCUAUGAGAAUGAGACAGCUAAGUUAAAGAAUGAACUAGCUAGUCUUCCUGGAUGGAUCAGCUUUACAACUGACUUGUGGUCUGCAAUCACGCAUGAAGGAUACAUGUGUAUCACGGCACAUUACAUUGACCGAAACUGGAAGCUGAACAACAAAAUCCUUGCAUUUUGUGCUCUCCCACCACCACAUACAGGUAUCAAUUUAGCAAUGAAGCUUCUUGAGUCUUGGGAAGAAUGGGGAAUUCAGAAAAAGGUUUUUUCGAUCACAGUAGACAACGCUACUAGCAACGAUUCAAUGCAAGACAUUUUGAAAUCUCAGCUUGUUAUACGAGAUGAUUUGCUGUGUGGAGGAGAAUUUUUCCAUGUUAGAUGUGCAGCUCACAUACUUAACCUUAUUGUUCAAGACGGGCUGAAAGUUAUUGGUGAUUCCUUGCAUAAAAUCAGAGAGAGUAUCAAGUAUGUAACUGUAUCCGAGUCUCGGGAGAUAUUAUUUGGAAAAUGCGUUGACGCUGUGCGUUUAGACAAGAAUAAAGGUUUGCUUUUGGAUGUGCAAACGAGCUGGAAUUCGACUUACCAAAUGCUUGAUAGGGCUAUCGAGUUCCAAGCUGCUUUUUCUCACCUUGCUAGGAUUGAUGGGAAAAAUUACAAGUUCUUUCCUACAGAUGAAGAAUGGAAUCGAGCAAAAGAGAUUUCUGUUUUUCUGAAGCCGUUUUAUGAGAUCACUCGGCUUAUCUCAGGUUCGACAUAUCCAACUUCUAACUUGUACUUUAUGCAAGUUUGGACGAUUCAAAACUGGUUGACAGUGAAUGAAUCAAGCCCAGAUGAGAUUAUCAGAAAAAUGAUUAUACCGAUGAAGGAGAAGUUUGAUAAGUAUUGGGAAGAAGUUAGUGAUGUUUUUGCAAUGGCUACCGUCUUUGAUCCACGGUUAAAGCUUACACUUGUGGACUUUUGUUUUGCAAAGCUUGAUGUGAGAACUUAUCAAGCCAAGAUGGAAAACUUGCAUACUGAACUGCGUCUGCUUUUUGAAUCAUAUGAGAAAAGGACGAAAUCUCCACCACCAUCUACACAGUCACGAGAAACUAAUGCAAAAGAUAGAGCACAAAUUGGGAGCUUUAUGAAUUACGAUGAUUUCUUUGCCUUUCGCAGGUCAAGUGUUGCUGUUAGUGGGAAGACUUUUCUGGAAUUGUAUCUUGAUGAACCGGCAUUAGACGAGAUCGAUCUCGACGUCUUGGAUUAUUGGAAAAUUAACUCAAAAAGAUAUGGUGAGCUUUCUUUAAUGGCUUGCGAUCUGCUUAGUAUACCCAUCACGACAGUAGCUUCAGAAUCCUCUUUUAGCAUUGGAGCUCGUAUUUUGAACAAAUAUAGAAGCCGGCUUCUUCCCAAAAACGUGCAAGCUUUGAUAUACAGUCGCAAUUGGUUAAAGGGAUUUGAAGCAUAUGAAAAUGAGGAGGAAGAAGAAUCUGAUAGUGAAGAUAAGACACUACCAUCUUUCCAAUCCAUUCUCAAUGAUGAAGAUGAGGACGAAGAUGAAGCUGAGGAUGAAGAUGAAAAUUGA